AUGCUCUUGACGCGUUUUGACGCGCUAAAGCUUGUUUUGCCUCUGACCCUUCGUGGUACACUUACAGACGCUAAAGUUAUAGAUUUUGAACCAAGACAAUCAUGCCAAGAAAAACACUCCGAUGCGAUCUGGGGAAUCCACUGGACACCAAAAGACCGUAUCAUUUCCAUCUCUGCAGACGGAACAGUCAAACAAUUCGACGCGUCUUCAGGACAAACGAUCUCUUCGCGUCCCGCGCACCCUGUUGGAAUUGUUUCGCUUUCGGUAGAUGAGAAGGGUGAGAAAUCGUUGUUUAAUUCUCUUGAAGGGCGGACUGUGCUGUGGAACUUGGAGAAUGGGGAAGUUGAGGGACAGUUUGAUAGUUUUGUGAAGAGUGGGAGCGGGGAGAAUGAUCCUGCGUGGAGUGUAUCGCUGCAUCCGAGUGGGGAGACGUAUGCCUCUACAGGUGGGACUGGGAAUGUCACGAUUCAUUCUGCUGAGUCGUCGAAUUUCGGCGAACGUGUUGCAAAGCUUGAGAGUGGACGAUCGAAGAUGGGGAUGUGUUGUACGCAUACAGAGGCAGGUUUGGCAGAGGGCAGAGGGCAGAGGGCAGAGGGCAGAGUUCAAGGAGCUGUGUUCCUACACCCAGACAUCAUACAAGUGAUUGGUGACUACGAAGGGUUUUUUCAUGUUCCUGUUACGCGUUUCUUUACCUACACGUUUGUUCCGUGGAAUGUUUCUCCUGUUUUGUCUGGACUUUCUUUGUAUACGUACGAGUCUUGCAUGUCGCCGAGAUUUACUGGCAUCCAAGAAACACGAGUCCAUUUCCGAUAG